CCAAAGCAGUUUCUUACGACCUAGGCUUGAAGAUAUAGUGUAAAUUAUGGCUGCCAAGAAAUCUCUGGUGUCUCUGGGCUCACGAACUGCAUUGAUGUUGUUGCUCAUCGCUGUGGCGUGCCAGACCCAGAUGGCUCGAUCCCAGAACUGCGCCAACGAGCUCACUAACCUUACCGCGUGUGCACCUUUUGUUCUGCCGGGUGUCUCGACCCAACCUAACGCUGAAUGCUGCAAUGCCCUCCAUGGAGUUGACCAGACCUGCCUCUGCAGCACUCUCCAAAUUGUUGCUCGUAUGCCUACUCAAUGCCGUCUCCCACCCAUGGCUUGUCCUACUGCAUGAAGAGUUGUGGGAGGGAUAAUCGAAUAAAAUCAGAGUCAGAGAGUCUUAGCAGUUU